AUGUCAAUCUACAUAUGGGUCUCCUUGGCAACUCUUCUGGUACCUGGGCUGGCUGUGGAUGACAUUGUGGACGAUGGCGAAGAUGCUCCACGUCCCGAGUCCCUGCCAUCCAAAGAGUACGACGAUGUGGGUUCCGGACUUUUGGCUCUGACAGAAACGAUGCAAUCAUCUAGAUGUGAUUGGAGCAUUUCGCACACUCUCAACGAGUCACUCAGCAUUGUGUCGUAA